AUGCCCACUGAUAAUGACCGGGAACAAUUAACAGUUGGAGCCCGGGCGAUGCCGUCGACCGCGCAUCCUGCGAAUGCGACGGAAAUAGACGAGCGUGUCAACCCCGGGAGAAGUGACAGGAGAUGUCCUGAUUUAUUCAUUUAUUCACGGUCACACUAUCCGCCGCCGAAUCUGGCGGAAAUGACCGAACGUGCGGCUUGCGGUCCGCUUCCGAUCUGCGUGCCCACGUGUUCCAGG